UGGAUAAGGUCUAGGACAGAUCCCCUCUUUUAUUCUUGCAGUUUGAGGCUGUCUCAGUGGCUUACUUUCUUUCUUUCCUCUCUCUAUGGUCCCUGAUCUAGCAGUAUAUGACAGGUGGAUGGAAGGCAACAUUACAAUAUCAUUGAAACCUCUCCAGUCGUUUCAACUGGUAGCAAUUAAGAAGGAAAUAACGUUAAGAGGGGAGGAAGACACGACUACACCCAGAGUUAAGUGACACUUAUUUGCUACUUAUGCGCAUUGGUUGACUGAUUUAACUGCGCCGUAGUGAAAACUUGGUGGAUUUCACUAAAACACAACUAACGUUACCUAAUCAUUGUUAUUAAUAGGAGUUAGCUAGCUAGCUUGCUGGUUAUAAGGACUUUAACAGGCUAACGUUAUUAUUGCUAGAUAAUUAACGUUAGCUAACAUUCGACAUUCAUUGUUCAAAUGUGCGGAUAUUAAAAACUAACUGUACCACUUCAAGUAAAUCUGACUUGCAGAUACAUACCGCAGUAUACGAACUAGCUAUAUUGGAAAGUUCCUAAAUACAACAUAUUGUGUACAAAAAUACCUGAUGAUAACCCUUUAUCAAGUUAGUUUGCUUGCUAGCUAGCUUCUAGCCAUGUUGGCUGGGUUAGCUAAACUAGCUAGAAAGCUAGCUGAACUGACAAUAGUAACGUUAUAUCAGUUAUCAUCCUCCAACCUCUCUUUCUGAACUGGCGGUAGUCCACGUCAUGCCACGCACCUAGCUAGUUAUCAAACUGGCUUCACAUAGGCCUACCUGUAACUGUUGAUAUUCUUGGUCAAUUUCUCCCCAUUCAGUUUGACACCUUUGCAGUGACAUUGUGUCAGUAAGCGGCACUCGCCGACUCCCACUGUACAGAACCUCCAACCGCUAGUACAGCUGUCCACGAUUAUUUUCUUAUUUCAUUUAGAGCGCAUGCGUCCGACCGCCUACUACUGUCAAAUGUACAUUUGUGUCGUCACUUGUUCUAAAGUGCAGAAAUAAACUUACUAGACAGGAACCCCUACUACAGUAACAUUUUCAUGAACAGAACUGUAUUUGUAUGAAUGUUUUGAAUAAUGAUUUUGAGGGCAAUAUAAUGACACAUUUACAAAAACUGAGAAAGUUUCUCAGCCCGAACGAAAUCUAGUAUUUCUACAUCUAUGCAAGUUGGUUGCUAUGGGGAGAGGACGCUUGGUCAUUGUUGCCUCGCAUGUCUUUUACCACCUAGCUAGCUAACCAGCUAUGUUGACCUAAUGUUAAAUUUUACUUCACUUUGAAAAUUGAAAAGACAAGUGGAUUGAGCUAAAAGGAGUCGUUCGCUUGGACACAUACGAGGUACAAUUUGAGUUAAUAAAUUAUUUUUAGCUGUAAAAGUAAUGUAUAAAAAUGCCACAUUAGCUAGCUAGUUAGCUAAUUUAAUUUGAAGCUUAGUUGGCAUAACCUGCGAAAUGUUCUAAUUUUGUUUCUGUUUUGGUUGUCAUUUGAUCAGUCAUUGUAAACAAACAAUGUAGCUAUAGCUAGCUUCAAAUUAUAAACUAUUUUCAACUACCUGUACCAUGAAUGGACUGUCAAGUCUUUGCAUCCAUAGCUGUAGUCUAGAGGUUACCAGAUACAUGUAUUUCUACAGCAUCCUCCAAACCAGGUGGUGGGGCUGCAGUUAUGCUGUAAAUUGAUUAAGGAUUGUGCCUUUAAGUUAAUAACUUUUUCAAACAAAUUUGAAAAUAAUGUAUGUUUUGCUUACAGCCAUGCCUCAUCUGAAGAAACCUCAAAAAGUGGAGCCCCUGUCAAAAUUAUGGGACAGAAAGGCACAAAAGUGUGGACUGCGACACACUGUUUAUUCAGUCAAUGGAGAUGAAUACACCGGGGAUUGGCUAGACAGCAAGAAGCAUGGCAAAGGAACUCAAAUUUGCAAGAAGGCCGGGGCCAUUUAUGAUGGAGACUGGAAAUAUGGCAAACGUGAUGGAUAUGGGACCUACAGCAAACUCCUGUCUGUAACCAAUGAGUAUUCAAGGGAAUACUCAGGUGGAUGGAAAAAUGACAAAAAGCAUGGGUUUGGGACCUACUUCUACAGUGACACUGCCUGCUAUGAGGGAGAAUGGAGUGAGGAUCAGAGGAGUGGCUGGGGCAGGAUGUAUUAUGACAAUGGGGACAUAUAUGAGGGAGAAUGGCUGAAAAACAAACAUCACGGACAGGGCAUGCUUCGUCUCGCCAACGAAAACAGGUAUGAAGGCAACUGGAAGUAUGGGAAGAAGAAUGGGCAUGGAAAGUUCUUUUACCUGGACAAAGGUCAGCUUUAUGAGGGCUUCUGGGUGGACGGAGUGGCCAAAUGUGGAACAGUGUCUGACUUUGGAAGAGCUGAGGCACCAACACCCACAAUAUACCCGAUUCCUAAGGUACAUCUGUUGGAUGUGAGAUCAGUUUUAAUGGAAACACAAUCAACAUACCACAGUGAAUAGGACAAGCCAAAGAAGAACAUCAGAACACCCUAAAGUGCUCCAUCUCUGCUGAUCUCUGGACACCAUGCUCACUUACCAUGCUGUUAAAUGCCAUCAUGUAACGAAUAAAGAGAGCACAUCAUCAUGAGGAAGUUUUUUAGUAAUUUUACUUCUAUGAAACGGGACCACUGAACAUGAUUUGACUUGUAAUGAGAUCACGGUGCCAUCUGGAUAUCAUUCCCCAGUGGCAACUCGAGGUAUUACAAACAUUCCUAGAAGCAAAACAAAAAGUAAACAGUUACAUUUGCCAAGACCAACCCACUCAGUGUACAAACAAGUCACAAAGGGUGCACUUUGAACAGAAAAUUAAAGCAACAAAUAACACUUUUACAAAGCCAAUUGUGUUCAGAAAGAACAUGUGCAGUUAAUCUCUGUAUUCACUGUUUAAGCAGCAGUGAAAAUAACUUGACGCUUUUCUAGUCACAAAUUCAUAUUUUCCGACCAAAUAAUCAUGGUACAAAAUGCUAUUUCAAUACCACAGUUUACAACUAUGAAAACACUUUUUGUAGAGUUUAUGCAGCAACAUUUGGCCAACCGAUUAGACUAAAAAUAACUUAAUAAGCAGGCUGAUUACAUUUAAUCUCUCAAACAUGAAUUGAAACCUGAACCUUAGGUUGAAUACAGAACUGACAGAAGACAAUGGUCGCGUUCCGCUGGUCAGACGUUGCAUGCAUCAACCAAUGGUUGCGUGCCACAUCGUCGACUGUGCCUUCGGACACCAGAUUGCUAUAACAAAAGUGGUUAGCUGGUACUUAAAAUACCUAUCCAGGCAUUGUAAGAUCUGGCAUGCAUCAGCAACGCCUGGGCAGAGGUACGUGCCCGUUCAUUGGUGCUCAUAGAAUACAAUGAGGCAAGCCAACUUGUCACAAUGUAGUAGUUAAAGGGAUAGUUUACCCAAAUUACAGAAUGACAUAUUGGUUUCCUUACCCUUUAAGCAGUAUGGACAAGGUAUUACAGCAAUCCAUUCUUUGGUUUAAUUUCCCUGGGACUGUUUCCACAAGCUAACGUUUUAGCAUUUGAGGCACAAAUCCCAUUCAAGUAAUUUUUUGCACAUCAUGUUCAAAACUUCUAAGUGACUUUUGAGCUUUACUAUCAAUUUGAGAUACUUUCUUAUGAUUUGGACACGAUGCGCGAAAAUUGCUAAUAUCGACCCAUCAAUGUGAUUUGUGCCAC